AGUAGUCAAUUUCAGCUACUCUGCUGUAGGCGGGGUCGUUUUGGAGUUGAACGUUAUCCUGCUGCUCACAAAAAUGAAGAUGGAGGGAAAUGUAUCAAAUGUAGAAAUCUGUAAUUUAGCUUACACCGGAAAAUUUGAACAACUCAAACAAUGUAUUUUGUCUGACAACUCACUAGCGACGAAAAUAGACCAGGACAACAGGACUGCCCUGCACUGGGCUUGCUCUGCUGGACAUGUGGAUAUCGUACAGUUUCUGUUGGAUCUUGGAGUUGAAGUGGAUCCCAAAGAUGAUGCAUGUUGGACCCCUCUUCACAUAGCAGCAUCUGCUGGAAGAGAAGACAUUGUUGGAUCCUUAAUAUCCAAAGGAGCUCAGUUGAACUCUGUGAACCAGAAUGGUUGUACCCCACUACACUAUGCAGCAUCUAAAGACCGAUAUGAGAUAGCCCAGAUUUUGCUGGAAAACGGUGCAGAUCCUAAUGCAAUGGAUAAACUGGAAUCCACACCUCUGCACAGAGCAUCUGCCAAAGGCAACUACCGUCUCAUUCAACUUCUUUUGAAACAGAACGCCUCUACCAACAUUCAAGACUCUGAAGGAAACACACCACUUCACCUUGCAUGUGAUGAGGAGCGAGCAGAGGCUGCAAAACUCCUUGUGGAACAUGGUGCCAGUAUCUACAUUGAGAACAAGGAAAAGAUGACGCCUCUAGAAAUAGCUAAAGGUGGCCUGCGAAAUGUGCUGAAACGGAUUGUAGAGGGCUGAUGGACCGCCAGCAGAACCAGAGCAGUGAACUUGCAGCUUUAAAUGAAGUUGACUUACAAGUAUGAUGAAUAAUGUCUUGAGUGAGAGGGUGUUUGAAAGAAACAAGGUAGAGCAAAGCAUCUGCUUUUUGGUGGAAGUUUGUAAAGGCACUUGUAAAAGAGAAAAAAUAUGUUUUAGUCUUGAUAAUGAAUGAUAAAUGAUGUUGGACAGUUAAAAAAGCUCAUGAUGUUUCAUUUUAUUGGGUAAAUAGGUUUUAGCUUCUAAUCCACUCUGCAGUAUUAUGCUAUUGUCUAGUUUAGUCAUGGUUGCUUUAUUUCUGUUAAAUCUAAUGCUUGUGUUGUCCUAGGUUAGUCAUUUAAAACUUAAUUUCUAGUUUUGUUCUCUGUGUGAAGGUCACAACAUCAUAAUGUAUUAUUCCAUUGUGAUGCUUGCUAUUUGUUUUAUAAGGAAAAUAAAUUAUAAUUGAAUACA